UGUUGGUAUAGCAUAUUAGAGGUUGGAUUGCGCAACAUUCUUACGAGACACACAGAAGAGACACACACCACAGAGCGCUACUUGCAACUAUCGUUUUAUUCCCUUGUCAGUGGAAUAAAUACAGGAAGAUACUCAGGGGGGAGGGCGGUAGGGACCAAAAAUUAAACAAGAAACAAAAAUAGUUUUGACGAACAUUGCCAUCUACCAAUGCCAAGCCGGCUUUGUCACGUGAUCGUUUUUGAUGCACUCGACAUCACACAAAAAGACCAGGAUACGAAAAGACCAGGAUACGAAAAUCUAAUUGAUAGAUACCACCGCGUUCUCCUUUCAAGAAUCGAUUCCUGCGCGCAGGCAUCUGUCCGCGUGCCUGCUUCUCCAGCUGUUGCAAGGCGCCACGAGCGCACAGCUCUUCUUCUUACGAGGCAUCCAGGCUAUGGAAGGCCAGGUGAAAGACGUGCCAGCAGUGCUUGCCGCUGUCAUCAUGGCGGCCAUGCACGUGUCCUUCGCAGUGCUGUUCACCUCGCUGACGCGCCCGACGGGUCGGCGUCAGCUGCUGUGCGUAUCGGCUCUGCUCGAGGUCUUUUGCUUCGCCGCCUUUCCACCUUUCGAACAUCUCGCUUUCGGUCAGUGGUCGACGGCGGGGCCUCCGGGUGAGACCAACUGGAGCUCCGUCUACUCGGUCAACAUUCUCGUGCUGAGCUAUUCGGUGGGCCUCUGCCACCUGCCGCCGCUGCUAACGGCCGAACUCUGUUCGGGACCUUCCUGGCUGCGAUACCUGGGCGCGUCAUCAGUCUGGGCCACUCGGUGGCUUCUCGCCUUCCUCCUGGUUCGUUUCAACGACCAGUUCCAGACGCUGAUGCGCCUGCGGAACGCGCACAUCUAUGCCGCCCUGGUGUUGGCCUUGCUCGCCCUUGCUUUGCUAUUCCUGCUGCCCGAGACUGAGGGUCGGACGCUGGCGGCCAUCGAGCGGGAAGAAUGAGCCGCGCGAGCAGGGUCCUGUUUGGUGUUGUUUGGUCGCCAUUAUCGCCGAAGACAGCUGCGCACAUUAGUAUUGGUUGCCAAUUAUCGUUCAAUCAACUUGUGACUGUUACUGUUUCCUUUUUUGGAUUUUUACGUAUACAAUCUAUGCAAGUGCAUGCGAAAAUGUGCUUUCUUGCAGCUAGUACCUGAUGUACUUUUUUCCACGUGACCUACGUAAAAGGCCUUGCUGCGGAAUUUACGAAACAUUUCGAAGAGAACCAGGUAGACUACGCCUGUCAGGUGGUUAACACAUGUCUCGAAGCAAUAUGUAUACCUCGCGUGAUGGACUAUGACAAAUUAUUACGCAGUGAGUCGUCUCGAAACUUAACAGACGCGAGGCACCGCGAUGUGCUAGUGUUUGAAUAUUUUAUAACAGUUUUGUUAAUCAGUUGCCGAGUAACUACGCCAUCAAAACAACCCUGUCGUCUAUGUUGUGCAUCAGUUUACGCAUUGCGGGCACGGUGUGUACUCUGCUGAACAAGCUGUCAGUAGGACUCGAUAGUAGAAACAAAUAAGGCGAAUAUUUGUUGAGAGCCAUCGCCCUCACAACUCAAAAAAAAAGAAAAAAAAAGAAACCGUAUUCGCGCCCUAUUGGAAGGAGCAGAGUUACUUCGCGGAGCGAUAAUGCACUGGCCCGCAGAGCAGCCCUUAAGUACUUAGUCAUAAGCUGAGCGUGCUUCGUCAUGGCGCGCGCUGCCCUAGCUUGGUAACUAUUCUUUUUUUUUUUCUUUUUAAAUUGCACGAUGGAGCGAUAGCUGCUCGGUGGGCUAGGGUAUUAUCACUCGGCGAAUAAAUAAGAUGACGGAAAGCAGGGGGCAUGCGCAUUGUUCAAAUAAAGUUGCUCUCUCCACUAUUUUCUUGAGAGCCUAGCUUAAGCCACGGCUCGCACGUUGCAGCUCAUGUUGAGUGCGAUAGUGCUAUUGUAAAUACUGUUUAGUACUGUUGUAUUGUAAAUAUUGUAAUACUGCUGCUCAAAAACGAAGUUGAGAUCGAUCUAAAGGUAGGCGCAUGUGAUAAUUUAUGGGAAAAUAAGAGCAAUCGCUCUCGGCGUCGAUGAAUUCUCUGGAGAUCUGCAACCACGAGAGAGAGAGAGAGAGAGAGAGAGAGCAAGGAGAGCAAAGGCAGGGAGGUCAACCAGACGAGCGUCCGGCUUGCUACCCUACACUGGUGUUAAGGUAAAGGGGGAAU